CACCACGUCCCGCCGUUCAGUCGAUCUGUGGAGUCGCGCGUCGCCACCGGCUUGCGUCAUACCGUUCAACCAUUAGCCGGCACGCGACCGUCAUUGUCAAAAUUUGGACAUUUAAAUUUAAAACACAAAAAUUAAAACACUGGCCUCUCACUAAAAAAUAAUAAUAAAUAUAUAAAGUAAGGGUGAUAAAGUGUAUGUGAUCAGAUGAUCACCGCUUCCAAAAUUGUGAUAUUAUUUUAGAAGCAAUUAUAAGAAAUCAGCACAGAGAAGACGUUAAACGGCAGUGAAAGGUGGCGAUGUGAAAAAGUGAUGCUUAGUGUUUUGUUUUCGUUGUAAAAAAACUAAGUAACAUCAAAAUUCAAAAUGUCUACAAUUGCUCAAGAGUACAUGAAUGGCGAGAGACCUGGGCCUUUAACUAGGGAGAUUCCCGAGUGUAUGAGAGACAAAUACACCGUCGUGCAAUCCAUUAUAGAUCUUAUAGUGUUUGUUAUAGUCACGAUAGGUUAUAUAAUUAGGGCCAUAUAUAGAUUUAUUGUGGGCUAUCAGAAAAAGGACCUGAAAGGCGGUGUUGCUUUAGUGACUGGUGGUGGUGGAGGCUUGGGCAGCCUCAUAGCGUUGAGAUUAGCGCGACUCGGAUGCACCGUCGUGCUAUGGGACAUAAAUAAACAAGGUUUAGAAGACACUGUGAAACUAGUGAAAGGUAUUGGCGGGAACUGCUAUGGUUAUACAGUAGAUCUUGCUAACAGAGAAGACAUCUAUAGAGUCGCUAAAAAGGUGGAAGAAGAAGUGGGCAGGGUAACAUUACUGAUAAACAAUGCGGGCGUGGUAUCAGGACAGUAUUUGCUGGACACUCCGGACCACCUCAUCCAGAGAACCUUCGAUGUGAACGUACUAGCUCAUUUUUGGACGGUGAAAGCGUUCUUGCCGACAAUGAUUGAGCAUAAUGACGGACACAUAGUAACCAUAGCGUCGAUGGCCGGCUUUAUAGGUGUGUCCAAACUUGUGGACUAUUGUUCCUCCAAGGCUGCCGCUUGUGGAUUUGACGAGUCAUUAAGAAUGGAGCUCGUUUCUAAAGGCAUUAAUGGCGUUCACACCUCCCUAAUAUGCCCCUUCUUCAUCAGGUCGACAGGAAUGUUCGAAGAAGUGGUUGCGAGAUUGGUGCCUCAACUUAAUUCGAAUGACGUAGCUGAUCGUGUGAUCUUGGCCAUCAGAACCAAUGAACCCAUCGCCCUCAUUCCAGGAUUCUUCAGAGUUCUACUCCCCUUUAAAUGGCUAGUGCCAUGGAAGUGCAUAUGUGACUUCAUUAAUGUGAUCGUACCUGACGCAGUGCCUCAUUCUGUGCAAAAUACACCAACAACGGUGCUCCCGACGAAAUCCGAUCCAUUGCACACCAAACGGGACUCGCGACCGAUGUCGCUCGUUCCGCCCGAGCGACACGAUCGACAAGUUUGACGAUUAUAAAUUUGCCCGUUACGAGUUAGCACACAGGGAUAACUUUGUCAACGUGAAAUAUUUCAUCAAUCUUUUGAACUUAUACUGUCCGUUCACAGAUCAUCAUUGACGAUCCGUUAUCACUAACGAUCCGUAAGACGAAAAUGUUAUGUGUGAAAGUCACGCAUAGUAUUUUAUUGCAAAUCGUGACGAUUCGUGUUACGUUGGAACGAAACACAAAUUCGUAUUCGUAAUUUUGGAAGGAGUCGAUCGUAAUUUUUACGAUUCGUAAGGAAUAAUACUAUGGUAGUAGUUUAUGAGUUCUGUAAAAAUUAUUUAGGUUUCGUUGAUGCGUGACUGAGAGUAACUGUCACAGUGACAAAAUUGCCUGUGGGUUCUAGCUCUACGCCUUGGUUGUUACAAUAAUAAUUUAAUAGGUAGUUAUAUAGUGUACUAUAAACUAUACCACUAUUCUUAUGGUUAUAUACCCAAACGAAUAAGUAUAACCAUGAAUGACUUAAAGGUAUAUUUUCGUCGAAUGGGAACUCUAUAGGAGAUAAAGUAGGUAUUUUAAUGGUUAUGGUUAGUGGUUUGUAAUAAGUACAACAAAUACAAUGUUGGGGUUCAGGCUAUUAUCAUAAUACCUACUUUAAUGGUUUAUUACACUACUAUGGGAUCAUGUUCAGAUCAGUCUGUUAAUUUAUUAAGAUACUGAUGUAAUUAUGUUGGUAUGUUAUAAAAUGUCUCGUUUACGAAUAAUCUAGUGAGAUCACUUUUAGUUUUAAUCUUGUGUUUGUACCGCUAGGAUAUAUGAUCCUAUAUGUAUGACAGUGUAAUAAACCUUUAUUUCUAAUGAUUAAGCGGUAUAUUUUAAUAUUAAACAAUGUUUGUCACAAACUCUGUGUCCAUCUUGCCCAGAUGUAAUAUCUGUUUGGCCCAGAUGGUAAAUCGACUUUAUAGUAUGAGUGACUGAUUUUGGUGUAAAUAAUUCCUAAAUCAAUCACUGACACUCAUUAAUUGCUUUUUCAUUAAUAAUAUUUCUCUUUUCAUUAAUUAAAUAUUGCGAAAUUUCUUAAGACUGGUGUUAGGUUAAGUUCGGGAUAAUGAAUAAUUCUAUAAUGCUCGUAACAAAUUUUACGUUUCAUUCAUGUCAUGAGAUUUUUUUUUAUUGAAUUCUUCUACAUAAUGUACAAUAUAUACAAUAUUCUUUAUAGAAUAUAAGAGUCUUAAAGUUUUACUACUUUGUUGUAAUGUACCUUGAGUUUGAUCUUUAGUACCAAUAAUAAUAUUUAUAAAUUGACUUAGGCAUUCAUAUGUCUAAGGCUGUUUAUCUUGCUUUAUUCUGUUACUUUAUAUUUUCAUUGUUUGUUUACCAAAUAAAGAAAAAUAUGGCAUACACAACGCCAUCUAGUCCCAAACUAAGUAAAGCUUGCCCUACGAGUACUAGACCACUGCUAGACAUAUACUUAAAUAUUUCUUAUACCAUAAAAUUUAUGUAAAAGUACGUGACAUAAAACUUAAGAAAGUUUUACAACACUGUAUUAUACUGCGAUCUAUUAUAGUGUUAAAAUAUAACAUCGAAUAUUUCUAGUAACUGUCAAAUAAAUAAUAAUCAAUGACUAUUUCAUGAAAGAAAAUCUGUAGUCCACUAACUGCUCUGUUGAGUUUACGAAAACAAAUUUUAAGUUUAAAAUACAAACAAUCUACGAUUAUUGCAGUUUUAAAAGUUGAUACUUAUACCUAGGUAUAUUGCAUUCUUUUCCCUAUUGCCACAAGCUGCUCACUAGGCCUUAAUCUUGGAAUCUCUUCAUAAUAGAGAAUUAGAGAAGAAAGUGUGUCUAUGAGCCACGGGUCACUUUAUCGUUUUUUUAUAUCAUUGUAAACUUGAUAUAAGGUACAGAUAUUCAAUGGAAUAUUUUAAAUUCUAAAUACGUAUAACUUAUAAGUCAGAUCAAAAACUAUUCAAAUAAUAUCUAUUAUUCUCAGUCAUACUGUAUUAUAAUUCAUUUCAAAGUUUCGUACUAGAUUGAAGCUCAUAUUUAAACCUGUUGCUCAGGUAAUUGCGACGGUAAAGCCGAUAUAAAUAAUUAUAUUAAUGUUCCAUUGAAUAAACAAAUUAUUGUUUAAAAUAUUUCUAAUUCAAACUAUAAUUUGAUAGGUGCCUACCAUAUUAUUGCUGUACUAGUAUUGUAAAUAAUAUUUGAAUUUUUUUUUUAUAAAAAUUUGAAUAUUGUUUGUACCUUAUCUAAUAUUGUGAUAAGAAUUGUAUAAAUAUUAAUUAGUGUUAAUAUAUAAAUAUAGUUAGGUUCAAUAAUAAUCAUCAAAUAAUGUGUUUUCUAAUCUUUAUGGCAAUGGUUUUGUAUUAUGGCAAUAAUUAUUACAAUAUCAUAGAAUAUAGAUAGUACAAAAUAUAGUACAUUGAACUAUCAAUACCAAAAUCAAAUCAAAGCUUAAACGUCUGUAUAUUUCUAAAUCUUGUUUGGAUGCACAAUAAUUUACUACCUCGAUUUGCAUCAUAGGUCAUAAGUUCAAUCCUGACAUACAUCAAAA